CGCACAUACCGCGACGCGGGCGCGCAGCGCAGCGGCCAAUAUGCCCUAGGCCCUUAGUACCAUACCACUGACUGACCAAUCGAUCUGAAACAUUUGAACAAUUAAGCGAUGUCAGGUGUAACUUCAAGUGAAGCUGAUCAGGGGGAAAAUGAUGAAAUUGAUGUGGUUUCCAUGGAUACCAGAUCCCCAGGAGUAAAUAGGGAGGAAGCUAAGUCACAGGAUGAAGACAUUAUCAUGGAGACAGUGGAUGACCAUGAUGCAGAAGAUGAAGAAGAAGAGUCCUCUAAUGUGACCAUCAUCCAUGAGGAGGAAGAAAUGAGGGAAAAUGUAGAUGUAACAGAGGACGAGUCCUUGGGGGAUCAGUGUUACUGUGAAGGCAAAGGGGAUGGUCCGAUGAUCUCUUGUGAAAAAUGCAAGAAGUCUUUUCAUUUAGCUUGCUUCAAAACUGGCAAUCCUACAACUCUAGAAGGGGACAUUUUCUUCAAACUGAAUUGCAGUACAUGUAUGGCGCCUGAAGAUGAGACAGUGGAAAGAAUGAGAUUGACUUGGCAACAAGUUGUGAUGCUGUCUCUGUACAAUUUAGCACUAAGAAGGAGUGGGAGGAGAGGAUUUUUUCGCUGGAAGGAAGACAUCUGUGAGUUUAUUUCUCUACACUGGAACCUCAUCUUUGGAGCACAUAAAAUCAAGACAACCACUUGGCAUGGUACAGUUGCUGGUGUAUUAUCCGUAGGUAACAAACAGCUUUUCAGAUCUGGUGCUACAGAGUUCAAUGAGACAGGAUGGUGGACAUUGAUUGAAAACAAACCUCCAACCCUUAAACAAGAACCUUCAUUAAAAGCAAAACAAAUUGGUGGGAGAAAAGUGCGAACGGUGUUCGAGCCUACCAUCAAAGUCGAAGGUUUGCGGAAUCGAAAGAGGGGCACUUCAGCAGAGUCAGCAAUAGAACUCAAGGAAAAGCGAUCAAGAACACAGGAAGCUAAGGAUAUUCGACGAGCAAAGCAAGCUUCAGAAGAGGAAUAUAAGAAGAAACAUCAGAAAGACAGCAAGGACGAUGAGAGUAGUCUAGAUAGCUUUACCGGGAGUGAGAAUCUGGGUCAGCCGACUGCAGUACCCGAUUCCCCAUCAAUUCUUAGCCUUCUUGGAGGAGAUAAUAGUUCAGAUUCAUUCACAUCUAACCUCCUCAACGAGAGUGAUCUUACACCAGAAGUUAACCUUCCCGUCAUGCUGAUGGCUGGUGAUGAGGAAGAUGCACUAUGUCUUGGUGGGAGCAAAGGCCUAUCUGACCUAUCAACACCACCCCCGCCCAUCAUCGUGAGUCGGCAAAUUAGCAACGAGUCCUCUCAAGAUUCUCUGAUGGAAGGUUUUAGUGAAGCCCCAUCUUUUGCAGGAUCUCUCAGAUCUCUGGAUAGUUCGGCAAACAGUGGCAAAGAGAACAAGUCAAGAAAACAUAGGGUCAAAGGUCAAACUGAGAUUAAGGGCAAGGAUGCAGCAGAGGAGGAGGAAGAAGACUCAUUUAAACCAAAGUUUCUUCCAAUGAGUGUGUAUGAGGAAAGACAGCUUCUGAAACUCUUAGAAUCAUGUUCUGAUGCAGUAGAUGCAGAUCCAGUUGCUAGGAGACUAAGGAGAAAGCUUCUUAUUAGGCAGGAGAAACGAGCAAGGGGUCAGCCACUUUUUGACCUUGAUGCCUCCUUGCAGCAGAUGUUACAACAUCGGUGUCACAUGACACCGUCCAAGAUGGCACGGUCCGUCUUUACCCAGAGUCCAUGUAGGGGAGGGGUCAAUCCCCAGGGUGUGGGGAUGCAGUAUGUGUCAUCGGGUCAACAAGAAGGAGAUUACAGGAUUCUAGAUCGGUUUCAGAUGUCUCACUACUCUGCUCCAACAGUCCAUCAGACUCAGACUUCCUUCAAAGCCCGACUUGUUGGUUGCAAUGAGUCUGCUAUGAUGCAAAGUAUCGUCAGUCCAUAUACAGCUAGGGUUCUGAAGCCUUUCAUACGGCGCGAUGCAGAGUCCAAACCUCUCAAGCUCUGUCUACUCCAGGAGAUUGUGGAGCACCAUCGCAGAGUAGAUCCAUCAUUUCAGGCACCUCCUGUUGCACCGAUCGACUACUGCUAUGUUCGCCCUCAGCACAUCCCCUCCAUCAACGCUCUCUGCCGAGAGUUCUUCUGGCCAGGCAUUGACUUAUCGGAAUGCCUUCAUUAUCCCGACUUCAGUGUGGUAGUUCUUUAUCGUAAGGUUGUGAUUGGUUUUGGGUUCAUGGUUCCUGAUGUCAAAUACAACGAAGCCUACAUAUCAUUUCUAUUUGUCCAUCCAGAAUGGAGAAAUGCAGGCAUUGGUACUUUCAUGGUCUACCAUCUUAUUCAAACUUGUAUGGGCAAAGAUGUGACACUGCAUGUAUCGGCCAGUAACCACGCCAUGUUGCUCUAUCAGAAGUUUGGAUUCAAGCAGGAAGAACUCUUUUUGGACUUUUAUGAUAAAUAUUACCCUGAGGAUAGUCAGGAAUGUAGACAUGCUUUCUUCCUAAGGCUGAGGAGAUAGCACCAAGGUGAAUCAUGGAGCCGGUUAACCCAUUGGAUUGUGUUGAUAAGGACUACAUGUGUAUUCUGUGAAGUGUAGCAAACGGAGAGGUUCAAACAAAGAGAUAACACAAAGACAGUAAACAACUCUGACUUUGGUAUAUAAAGCCGAGUUAACCACCAACAAGAAAUAGAGUGGAUUGAGAGUAUCCCUCUACUGGCAGCCCAGACAAGCCACUUUGUUUGUAGAUUGUGAAUGCCGAGAUUACUACACCAAUGAAUCAUGUUUUGGCUGAAGUAGAACCAUAGUAGAACCACUACUAAGGCAGAUUCCAUCAUGGCAUUCCUAUUAUGGUAAUAAAAAUGCUUUAUAGUCUGAGAGUGCCAUCACAUGAAUAUAUGAUUGAGUAAAUUAGCAUGUAAUCUAUGUAUAAUUUAGAGAGCUACUCCAAGCUGAUUUGAAAACAAACCUGUAGUUAAUUUAAUUCAGGCAAAA